AUGUCGAACCACAUCCACCCCACCACUAUCGACGCUCGCAUCCAAGCACUGCCUCAAGAGCUGCAAGACAUGAUCCUUAAGUGGACCCUCGCCGAGACGAUGCCCGGUCCCGAGACCGAGAUCAACCGCUUCUAUCAGACACCAUGGCAGCUCCAAUUCAACAGAACCUCACGCAGAGACUUGGCCAGGAACUACUUUGCAUCAAGCAAGUUUCGUUUCGACAUCUGCCUGUGCUUCGCUAUCAGUGAAACUUGGUUUCCCAGAUGGAGGAACGCACAGACUCGAGCUCAUCUGGACAAGAUCACGACCAUACAGGUUCGCUUCAACCCUCGCUGUGAGAGGCUCCAGCUCGUUGUCAAGCUGUUGGGAGUUGCCAGGGUAUACAAAAGGCUCCUGGAAACAAUGGUCGUGAGAUUGAAGGUUUUAUUGGGUUCCCGUCAUGCAGCUGCAGUCGAGAUCAGUGUGCAUCUGGAUGCUGGAGGUGGAGAGGAAGAUAUUGUCUGGGCGAAUAAGGCGAGUCUGAAAAAGCUAUUUCCUUCCGAAUUAUCAUGA